GCACUAUGGGAGUUUAUAUUUCAUGGAUCCAGUGCAUAAUUGACAGUGCGUGCUAGAUCAUCGCAGCUGGCAAGUUGCUCGCGCGAAAAUUCCUGUCUCGAAUUAACCGAACUUUUCAGCCAGAACUUGGUAACCGAGUUGUUACAAGAUGGCUGUCGGUUUGGAGGUCCUCUGCGCAGUCGCAGCGGUGGUUUUCGCGGUCUGCUAUUACUUAAAAUCAAAUUUCAAUUACUGGAAAUCCCGUGGCGUGGAGGGACCGAAACCCACGAUUCUGUUCGGGAAUAUUCUGGAUAUUUGCGUGGGAAGGAAAACGAUGCAAGCAUAUACGAUCGAGCUCCAUCAAAAGUUCAAAGACGAGCCGAUGAUCGGUAUAUACGAAGGUCGAAGUCCCACCCUCAUCGUUCACGAUCCAAAUUUGAUCAAGGACGUUCUCAUCAAGGACUUUUCCAAAUUUGGAAAUCGAGCAUUCGUGAAGAACAAAGUGAUGGAGCCAUUGAAUCACAAUCUUUUCACCAUGGAGGUCGACAAAUGGCAACCACUGAGGACUCGAUUAUCUCCGGUUUUUACGUCCGGAAAACUCAAAGGAACCUUCUCCCUGAUUCUCCAAUGCGCGGAUCAGCUAGAAAAAUACAUGACCACGUUGAUAGAGAAAGACGAGCCAAUCGAGGUAAGGGAUGUGGCAGCCAGAUUCACGACGGACGUGAUCGGUACCUGCGCUUUCGGCGUCGAGAUGGACUCGUUGUCGGAUGCAAACAGCAAAUUCCGUCAGAUCGGACGCGCGAUCUUCAACACUAAUUUGGUGGCGAACCUGAUGUUCCGUUUCAAACAAUAUUUCCCGGAGGUGUACGAUCUGUUUGGAUACGUGGCGCCGUACAACAACGUCACUAAAUUUAUCAUGACUCUCACCAGCGAAACGAUGCAGUACAGGGAGAAGAACAACAUCGUCAGACCAGAUUUUAUAAACGUGCUUAUGGAGAUCAAGAAACGGCCGGAAAAAGUUAGCGCUGACGAAUUAACGAACAUCCGGCUGGCUGCUCAAGCGUUUAUCUUCUUCGCUGCUGGUUUCGAGACUUCCUCGACCACGAUAAGUCACACCCUCUACGAGCUAGCCCAGAAUCACGAGAUACAAGACAAGUUACGAAAGGAGAUCAACGAACACUAUGUGAAAAAUAACGGAGAUUGGAAAUACGAGAACAUAAAGUAUAUGGAAUAUUUGGACAAGGUAUUCUACGAAACAUUGAGGAAAUAUCCACCUCUGGCAAUUCUGACUAGAGAAUCAACCGACAAUUACACGUUCCGAGACACGAAGGUGUCGAUAAAAAAAGGUGUGAAAAUAUGGAUACCCGUGCACGCGAUUCAAAGGGACCCAGAUAUCUAUCCGAAUCCGGAGAAAUUCGAUCCUGAAAGGUUCAGCGAGGAAGAGAAAAGCACCAGACACCCGAUGCACUUUCUUCCCUUCGGCGAUGGUCCACGAAAUUGCGUUGGUGCACGUUUUGCGAUCUACCAAACGAAAAUUGGACUGAUAAAGAUCCUUCAGAACUACAAAGUCGACGUUUGCGAGAAAACGGAAAUUCCCUAUGAACUGGACCCGUACAGCUUCAUUCUAACUCCCAAAUCGGGACUGUACUUAAAGAUAUCCAAAAUAAUGGCGACCUAUGUGGAGUUUCUCUGGGGCGCGGUCGCGUUGCUACUUGCACUUUAUUAUUACUCAACGUCCACCUACAAUUUUUGGAAAAGCCGUGGCGUGUCUGGACCGAAACCCUUGCCAUUCUUUGGCAACACUAUAGACUUGCUGUUCGUGAGGAUACCAAUGGCCACGUUCAUGAAACAACUCUACGAGAAAUACGGACACGAACCUCUGGUCGGAGUGUUCGCGGGCAGAUCGCCUGCUCUCGUUAUCAACGAUCCGGAUCUCAUAAAGGACGUCCUGAUCAAAGACUUCUCAAAAUUCUCCGAUCGAGGAUUCAACGUUCACGAACGGACGGAGCCAUUGUCAUCGAAUCUGUUGAACCUCGAGCCAGAAAGAUGGCGGCCAUUAAGGACGAAGCUCUCGCCGAUAUUCACGUCCGGUAAACUGAAGGACAUGCUUCCUCUCAUGAUCGAGUGUUCGGACCAUUUGGAGAAUCAUUUGAACGAACUGUCGACGAAAGAAGAACCGGUGGAAGUUCGCGAGUUGACAGCGAAAUUCACGACCGACGUGAUCGGGACCUGCGCGUUUGGCAUCGACAUGAACGCUCUGGCGAAAGAAGACAGCGAAUUCCGGCGUAUGGGCAGACUGAUAUUCGCGGUGGACACGGAGAACAUCCUACGACUGAAAGUGAGACUGUUCAUGCCACAGUUAUACGAUCUGCUUGGUUAUCUGGUCCCCGACAGGAGACUCGCGCCAUUUUUCACGAAAGUCGUUGUGGACACGAUGAAUUACAGGGACGAGCACAACAUCUCCAGACCGGAUUUCAUCAACUUGCUCAUGGAGCUGAGAAAACAUCCGGACAAGGUCGAAAGUAUCAAAUUAACGGACUCCUUACUGACCGCUCAAGCGUUCGUCUUCUUCGCCGCGGGAUUCGAAACGUCCUCGACGACGAUGAGCAACGCCCUUUACGAACUGGCACAGAAUCACGAGAUACAAGACAAGCUGCGCGCGGAGAUCCGGGAAUACCAUGCUAAAACAGGCGGGAGUUUCAAAUACGAGGACAUAAAAGCAAUGAAAUACUUGGACAAAGUGUUCAAAGAAACGUUACGGAAGUAUCCACCAGCGGCGAUAUUGCAGAGAAAAGCAGUUUCUGACUAUACUUUCGAGGGCACGAAGGUUACUAUACCGAAGAAAACAAUGAUAUGGAUCCCAGCGUUUGCGAUUCAACGGGAUCCUAAUAUUUAUCCGAAUCCUGAUACUUUCGAUCCUGAAAGGUUCAACGAGGACAAUACUCAGGCUCGACACCCUAUGCAGUUUUUACCUUUCGGUGAUGGACCAAGAAAUUGCAUCGGUGCACGUUUCGCAGUCGUUCAGUCGAAAAUUGGACUGAUCACGAUACUUCGCAACCAUAAAGUGGACGUGUGCGACCAGACAGUGAUUCCUUAUGAUUUCGACCCGGGUGCAUUCUUGCUGUCCCCGAUUGGAGGAAUUUUCUUAAAGAUAACAAAAGUAGAAAGCUGAUAUAAAUAUAUGAGAUCGACAACUAUUUUAGAUCUUUAACUGCACAGCUAUUCUCUAAAAACUAUAUGAAAAAAGUUGGUGAUGUUGUAAAUAAGUUUUCUAUAUAUCACAGUUUCUGUAUA